AUGCACUGCUCACUACCGUUCCAAUCCCUUCUGCUGCUUAACCUCGCGUUAGGUGCUGCUGCUUGGCAACAGCGCGCCCACGGUGAUGUCUGGGAGCCUCCAUACCCUGUGAGAUGUCAACCUGACCCUUGUGCUAAUAUCAACUUCACCAAUGCAACAUACAUCUGCGGUGACGAACGCCUCGGUCCUGUCAAACUGCCCAGAAACUUUCCUCUUUCGACCGAGUUGGCAACUUACUCGAGGUUUGGUGAUCUUUGCCCGUAUGAGUUUCUUGAGAAAUGGACGUACCCAGAGAAUGGCUCCUACCACUAUCCCCCAAAAAUGGGAUACGUGCUGGACGUCGACGGGAACCCAAUUUCCGGAAAUGCCACUCUUGUUGUCGGCCGCAAGGUCGAUCGGUUUGGGGGUGAAGGAGGAAACUUCUUGGGCCCUUUAGGGGCGCCCUAUAUCGAGCGGUCUCUUCCGCCGUCAAACCUAAAUACUUUUGAUGGAAAGUAUUCAUACAACUAUCAUGUGUAUGAGGUGACAGAGGAGUUCAUAGUUGGCCUAGGACCAGUUGCACCAUGGUUUGAACAGCCAGGUAUGGGCACGCAAUUUAUGACCUACAACAACAUUUCAUAUUUGGUGGACCAUGGCUACCUCAGGCGCCUGAGCCUGGAGGAAUAUGAUGAGCCAGAGGAAUUUGCAGACAACUACACACCCGGGCCCAACAAUUCGGCCUAA